UACCGUGGCGCGGGUGUGAAUGGUUUACAGCCCGGGCUGUCCCGUUUCUCCUUUAACCGGGGCUGUGGUGUUACUCCUGCGGGGAAACACGCCGCCGUGUUGCGGUUACGAGCUCAGGUUUAACGCCGCUUCAACGCGGAGGAGUUAAAUUAAGAUUUAACGUUUUAAUUCUCACUUUAAAUCAGUUUAAAACGCGUUAACGGAGACCGCUAACGUUAACGUGCUGCCCGGUGUCGCUUGUCAAACGCACCGCUGUCACCGGCCGCCGGGCGGCGCUGCCGCGGCGUGUUGACGGAAGUGCUCGCGGAAGCGGAGCCGCGAUGGUGCGGGUGAAGUCGAGGUAUUUACUGUGCGAGGUCAACGUGUCGGACCGGAGCCGCCUGCUGCUGCUGGAUGACCGGGCCGUGGCCGCGGCGGUGCGGGAAGCGGUGACCCGGAUCCACGGAGACUACGGAGCGGCUCUGUGCAGCAGCGGCUUCACCGGUGAGACGUCAUAUAAAUAUAAAUAUAAAUAUAAAUAUAAAUAUAAAUUGCUCUGGUCGGCGCUGCCGUUCAUCAGCACCAUCGAGGCUCGUGGGCAGAAGGUCUCGUGUUUUCUCAACUGUUUGCACGUCGGAGGAACCAUCAGAACGUGUCAGAAGUUUCUGAUCCAGUACAACAAACAGCAGCUUCAUCGCAUGCUGCCCAAAUGUAAAAACCCAGAAGAAGAACAGAAAGUCCGCAGAGCGAUCCUGAACUGUUCUGUGCCCGGAGGAAACAUGGAGGGACUGGGAGACGAAGAAGACGACGACGAAGAAGAAGAAGAAGAAGAAGAAGAAGAAGAGGAGUGACGUUAUUUUCCUUCGACGUCUGCUGCAGACUGUUUUUGUUCAUGGAGGAAAACUGUAAUAUGAUUUACUGCAGCAGCUCCGUCACACUUCCAUUCAUUUGUGUUGGCGUGCAGCACUAAAUGAGACUUUAUGUUUGAAGAGUUUAUUUUGUAUUUAUUCUGUUUAGUGCUCGUUAGCAGUUCCUUUACUAAUUAAAACACUUUUUUUAAUAAAGAGAAUUCUUUGUGGUGACUUCCUCACACACUUAUA